AUGAGCAGCUCUUCGACCGCGACGCUAGCGCCCCCCAGCGCAUCCAGCAGCAGCUACUCGACCCGCUCCGGACUGUCCAAGAGCUGGCGCACGAUCAAGACUCACACAGGCGUGUACACAGGCGGCAAAGUGGAGCUCUUGGAUGGCUACACUAGUGCAGAUAGAGAGCCUCGCGCGCUUCUGGCCUGUAUGCUGCACGAUGACCUGGCGAUCGUCGAUGCCGUUACGGGAGAGCUCACGCGCACGUUGCAACAGGACGUGGAGGAAGAGGAGGCUAAAGAGUCGUUUGUGGUCUUUGCCGUCCGUCCAGGCAAGAAGAACCAGCUCGUGACGGCGGGACGCAAUCUGCUGCUACGCGUGUGGGAUCUGGACACGUUCAAGUGCGUCCGGACCAUCAAAGCUCAUGACACGCCCGUGCUGGCAAUGGCCUUUGACGCGUCGGGCACGCUAUUGGCUACAGGAGGCAGCGACCGCACGGUCAAGGUCUUUGACGUGGACAAGGGCUUUUGUACGCACAACUUCCGUGGCCACUCGGGUAUUGUGACGCUCGUGCAGUUUCAUCCAGAUGCGGCGCGGUGUAUGCUUGUGUCGGCUAGUGAUGACACCACGGUGCGUGUCUGGGACUUGUACACGCAGCAGCAGGUUGCGUGCAUUCAGGAUCAUAUGAGUCUCGUGACGAGUGUGGCGUUUUCGGAAGAUGGGUAUACUAUGCUCUCGGCUGGACGUGACAAGGUGGUGAACUUUUGGGACUUGCGCGAUCAGAAGCUGAGCAAGACGGUGUUGGUGCACGAAGCGGUGGAGGGGCUUGUGGUCGUGCCAUCGACGUUCGAGUGUGUUACGCAUGCUGCUUCUGGCAAGUCUCUGGAUGCAAAAGCAAUCCACUUUGUAAGUGCUGGAGAGAAAGGUGUGUUGCGGCUGUGGCGUAGCAGCGGCAAUGCUUGCGAGAUCCUUUUCACGCAGAAGUCAGACGCUUCGUCAGCACUAACAUACACGGAUAUGCUGCUAAGUGCUACUCGUCGUGAGGUAGUGGUUGUGUCAUCCGAACAGAACUUCCUUGUUUUUGAUGAAAAUUUGACUCGUCGGACUCAGAUUAUUGGCUUCAACGAUGAUAUUCUCAAUCUCAAGUAUAUUCCAAAGGCUGAUGCGAGCGGUGCACCUUCGGAUGUCUUGGUAGUGGCCACAAACAGUGAGCAGAUCCGUCUUGUGAACCGUAAUACUCUCUCCUGCGAGCUUCUUUCAGGUCAUGCGGAUAUUGUCAUGGCCCUGGAGGUUUCUCCAGACGGUCGGUGGCUUGUAAGUGCCUCCAAGGAUCGAACGGCUCGUCUUUGGGACUUGCGACCGACUGGCGGCAAGCAAAUGGGAAAGACUUUGCCGCGUUGUAUUGCAAAAUGUGUGGGUCAUACUGAGGCUCUUGGUGCUAUCGCCAUAUCGCAGCGAGCCACCAGCUUUGCCACUGGUGCGGCUUACUUUGUGACGGGCAGUUCGGACAAGACGCUAAAGAUGUGGAGUCUGCAGUCUCUUGCUGGAUUGUAUGCUACCCCUGCGAAGCCUGCGCCGACAAAUCUGACGAUCUCUUCGCUCGGUACUAUAAAAGCCCACGAUAAGGACGUGAACGCUCUCGCGGUAUCUCCAAAUGACCGCUUUAUUGCUAGUGCAUCGCAGGAUAAACUUAUCAAAGUAUGGCACUCGCAGCAAGCAGGUGCUGGUCGUCUUUUGACCCUGGCUGGUGUUUGCCGUGGUCACAAGCGCGGUGUUUGGGCUGUCGAGUUUUCUCCAGUCGAUCAGUGUCUUGCAUCUGCCAGUGGUGAUAAGACUGUGAAGGUGUGGUCCGCCAAAGAUUUUUCGUGUCUCAAGACGUUCGAGGGCCACACGGCAUCUGUCCUGAACGUGCAGUUUGCAUGUGCUGGCAUGCAGCUUUUUUCUGCGGGUGCUGACGGUCUCGUGAAGCUGUGGACGAUCAAGAGCAACGAGUGUGAAGUUACCCUCGACAAUCACGAGGACAAGAUCUGGGCACUUGCUGUGUCCAAGGACAGCUCUGAGAUGGUCAGUGGUGGUGCGGACUCGACGAUUAAUCUAUGGCGUGAUUUCACCGAAGAGGAUGAUCGUGCGCAGCAGGAUGAUCGUGACACUAAGCUACUGAAGGAGCAGGAACUUUUGAACUGCCUUCGCGGUAACAAACCGCUUGAUGCUGUGCAGCUUGCGUUUGAGCUCAACCACCCGAACCGUAUGCUGCAAAUUCUACGCGACCUGCUUGAAGGUCCGCGACACAAAGACCAGGCAGUGCUUCCUAGUGGCAAACCGAUUGAUCCGGACAACUUUUCUCCCGAAGACAUUUUUGCGCCGGUGGUGCACAGUCUGGAAGAUGAGCAGCUAGCAACGCUGAUGGAGUGGUUGCGUGACUGGAACACAAAUGCUCGCAAUACGAGUGUCUGCCAAGUGCUACUCAGCACGAUUUUGCGUGAACUGCCUCCGACUCGUCUGAAAGCUCUGGACGGUGUAGUUAAGACUGUGGAAGCUCUAAUCGCAUACAGUGAGCGUCACUUUCAGCGCAUGGACCGUAUGCUACAGAAGUCGUAUCUUGUGGACUUCAGUAUCGUGAAUAUGAAGAGUUUGCUGCCUGUUGACGAGAACGAGUCAGCUGUUGGAAAGACGGACAGUGAUAGCGAAGCGAUGGAAGAAGUCGUUGAGACUGUGCAGCAGUGUCGAAAGCGCCGCAAGGCUGCAGCUGGAAAGACCAAGAAACAACGAGCGGAAGCAACUUGCUCAUAG